AUGGCAGCGCGGAAGCGGAAGGCGCGGGCGAUGGCGGCGGGCGGCGCGGCGCUGUGGCGGCGGCUCUCGGCCUGGCUGCCGCGGGGCCGCCUCGGCCUGGCCGCGCUGCUCGGCCGCCUCUCCGACCGCCUCUCCCGCGGUCGCGACCGCCGCGCCCGCAGAUCAUCAUGGCUCCUUCUAGCCCCACUCCUCAGCCCUCCUGCUCCAGUGAUCACAGCCCCCCCGUGUUCCCUCUGUCCAGAAGGAGCACACAGGUUCCAGUGGAUCAGGAAUCUGGUCCCAGAGUUUGGGAUCUCCAGCUCGCAUGUCAAGGUGCUUUCAUCCCCGGCGGAAUUCUAUGAACUCCUCAAGGUGCAGAUCAAAGCAGCCAAGCAGAGGGUGGUGAUGGCCUCACUGUACCUGGGAACAGGACUCCUUGAGCAGGAGCUGGUGUAUUGCUUAGAAGAAACACUGGAGAAAUCACUGCAAGCAAAAGGCUCACCCGACCUCAGAGUUUCCAUUCUCCUCGACUACACCAGGGGUUCCCGGGGCAGGAAGAAUUCCCGAACGAUGCUGAUCCCGUUGCUGCAGCGAUUUCCCGAGCAGGUCCGCGUGUCCCUGUUCCACACCCCAAACCUGCGUGGGCUGCUCCGGCUGCUGAUUCCAGAGCGUUUCAACGAGACCAUCGGGCUGCAGCACAUCAAGGUCUAUCUGUUUGAUGACAACGUGAUCCUGAGCGGUGCAAACCUGAGUGAUCUGUACUUCACCAAUCGUCAGGACCGCUACGUCUUGCUGCGGGACUCUCCUGAGAUUGCAGACUUCUUCACGGAGCUUGUGGACGCGAUUGGAGAUGUGUCCCUGCAGUUACAGCAGGAUGAUACAGUCCAGAUGAUGGAGGGAAUGGUACACCCAUACCAAGGAGACAAAGUGGCUUACUGUGAGAUUGCCAACAGGAGGGUCAUGGAGGUCAUCAACUCUGCCCGCACUCGGCAGGAGCUCCUUCAUGCAAAGACUUUCCACAGCAGCCAGCCAGGCAGCUCCCUCUUAUCCCAGCAAGGCUCUCAAGCACCUGGGAGUCUGAAACCAGAACCCGACACCUGGAUCUAUCCCUUAAUCCAAAUGAAACCUUUUGGGAUUCAAAUAGACGAGAUGGUCACAGAGACCCUGCUGACAGAGGCUGAGCGGGAUGCCAGGAUAUACCUCACCACUGGCUACUUCAACUUGACACAGGCCUACAUGGACCUCAUCCUGGGCACAAGGGCCGAGUACCGCAUCCUGCUGGCCUCGCCGGAGGUCAAUGGGUUUUUUGGUGCCAAAGGGGUGGCAGGUGCCAUCCCGGCUGCCUACGUUUACAUUGAACAUCAGUUUUACAGUGAGGUCUGCUGCCUGCAGCAGCAGGAGAGGGUGCAGCUGCAGGAGUACUCCCGUGCUGGCUGGACGUUCCAUGCCAAAGGCCUCUGGCUGUACCUGGCAGGGAGUGACCUGCCCUGCCUGACCCUGAUUGGCUCUCCAAAUUUCGGAUAUCGAUCGGUUCAUCGUGACUUGGAAGCUCAGGUUGCAAUAGUGACAGAAAAUAAAGCCUUGCAGCAGCAGCUGCAUCAGGAGCAAGAGCAGCUUUACCUCUGCUCAGGUGUGGUCUCAACAUCAACGUUUGAGCAGCCAAGUCGUUACGUGAAACUGUGGGUGAAGCUGGUGACACCUUUGAUCAAGAAUUUCUUUUGAAAGGAGAAAAGUUGCUGCUUUGGGUUGAAGGUCCAGACGUAGGUGGGCCCUCGCGUCCGUGUCUUGUAGACGGGGCACUCGUAGACGUUGAUGGUGUCCAUGCGGUCCACGGGGAUGGCUCUGAGCAGGAUCACCGGCAUCUCGGGCGUCAGCUCCUUCAUGCGCGCGUCCGCGAUGGAGCCCGAGGGCACGUCCCAGCGCGCGCCUGCGGGGACAGCGGGGACAGCGCUCGGGCACUGGCACUGACAGAUACUGACUGCUCCCCUCAGUGACUGACACUGACAGACACUGACUGCUCCCCUCAGUGACCUACAGACACUGACUGCUCCCCUCAGUGACUGACACUGACAGACACUGACUGCCCCCCUCAGUGCCUGACGGACACUGACUGCUCCCCUCAGUGACUGACACUGACAGACACUGACUGCUCCCCUCAGUGACCGACAGACACUGACAGACACUGACUGCUCCCCUCAGUGCCUGACGGACACUGACUGCUCCCCUCAGUGACUGACACUGACAGACACUGACUGCUCCCCUCUGCCCGACAGACACUGACUGCUCCCCUCUGCCCGACAGACACUGACUGCUCCCCUCAGUGACCUAUGGACACUGACUGCUCCCCUCAGUGACCUACAGACACUGACUGCUCCCCUCAGUGCCCGACAGACACUGACUGCUCCCCUCAGUGACCUACAGACACUGACUGCUCCCCUCAGUGACCUACAGACACUGACUGCCCCCCUCAGUGCCCGACAGACACUGACUGCUCCCCUCAGUGCCCGACAGACACUGACUGCUCCCCUCAGUGACCUACAGACACUGACUGCUCCCCUCAGUGCCCGACAGACACUGACUGCUCCCCUCAGUGACCUACAGACACUGACCGCUCCCCUCAGUGACUGACACUGACAGACACUGACUGCUCCCCUCAGUGACCUACAGACACUGACAGACACUGACUGCUCCCCUCAGUCACUCACAGACACUGACUGCUCCCCUCAGGGACCUACAGACACUGACUGCUCCCCUCAGUGACCUACAGACACUGACUGCCCCCCUCAGUGCCCGACAGACACUGACAGACACUGACUGCUCCCCUCAGUGCCCGACAGACACUGACCGCUCCCCUCAGUGACCUACAGACACUGACUGCUCCCCUCAGUGCCCGACAGACACUGACUGCUCCCCUCAGUGACCUACAGACACUGACUGCUCCCCUCAGUGCCCGACAGACACUGACUGCUCCCCUCAGUGACCUACAGACACUGACUGCUCCCCUCAGUGCCCGACAGACACUGACUGCUCCCCUCAGUGACCUACAGACACUGACUGCUCCCCUCAGUGACCUACAGACACUGACCGCUCCCCUCAGUGCCUGACACUGACAGACACUGACUGCUCCCCACAGUGACUGACAGACACUGACUGCUCCCCUCAGUGACCUACAGACACUGACUGCUCCCCUCAGUGCCCGACAGACACUGACCGCUCCCCUCAGUGCCUGACACUGACAGACACUGACUGCUCCCCUCAGUGCCCGACAGACACUGACUGCUCCCCUCAGUGACCUACAGACACUGACUGCUCCCCUCAGUGACCUACAGACACUGACUGCUCCCCUCAGUGACUGACACUGACAGACACUGACUGCUCCCCUCAGUCACUCACAGACACUGACAGACACUGACUGCUCCCCUCAGUGACCUACAGACACUGACUGCUCCCCGCGCUGCGCCGGGGUAAGGGUGGGUGGAGUGGCUCAAUGGGGGUUAGCUCUGACCUGUUCUCAUCUCACUGUGACCCACGACUGCAUUUGCCUUACUGUGUGUGGGAUGUCUGAAUAAAUUCUGUCCCCACCCCUCCCUU